AUGCUAACAGACCAUGUGCAGCGGCGCAUCCACCUUGAAGGCGAGUUGACAGACACAGUAGCUUGUUUCCUCCAAUUUCAAUAUACAGGAGAAUACUUUCCCCGUCUCCUCCCGUCGGGAAAAGACCUUGAACAGGACCCAGCGAUCCCCAAGGUCGAUGCAAGCGGCGAGCAGCUCCUUAAACAUGCUCGAAUCUACAGCCUGGCCGAAAAGCUCGGAAACGACAAACUCAAGCUGCUUGCUCAGAACAAGAUUGGUAGCAUCGAGAGUAGUGCUACGGGCGAGAUCGAGUAUGCGAGAUACGUGUAUAGCCAUACCACGCCAGAGGAUACUGCUAUCAGAGGACCGGUUGCUCGCUUCUGGGCUAAGAUGAGUGAUGUGCUGCGUCAUGAUGCCGAGGAGCAGUUCAAGGCAUUGUGUCUUGAGCACCCCCAGUUCAGUUUCGAUUUGCUUAAUCGGGUGUUGGACAUGAAGGAGAAGAGGGCCAGGGAGCGUGAUAACACCAGUAGCCCGGCAUUCAAGGGCCCCGCGAGAAAGAGGUCUAGAGCUUUCUAG